AUGAUUGGUAAGGAAGUACUGCUUGAAACCCGUGAUGGAUUGACGUUUGAAGGGAUAUUUGCAGGUUGUUCUCCGGAUUUCGAUAUUGGCUUGAGAUGCGCGCAUGAAGUAGUUCCAGAUGAGCAAAAGAAUUUGUUACCUCAUAAAGACCAAAUCAUCGAGAAACUUCAGUUUGAACGGGAUUGUGUUUAUAGCAUGGGAGCAAAAUAUCGGGACGAAAAACGGAUUGAAGGAUUUGCAACGGAUCGUGAAUAUGCGGAUCAGAGUGGUUCCGUGGCAGAUAUGGAACUACAGGUUUGGGAAUCUGAAGAUGACUUUGACAGUGGUCUUCUAUUAAACGAUGAUCGGGAAGAUGGUUGGUCUGUUGAACAAAUGUUCCAGGCGAAUGAUGUACUGGGGGUCAAAAGCACGUUUGAUGAGAAUAUGCCCGAAUAUGCGACAGCUGAUGUGCAAGGUGACGCAGAAGAUUUUAAGCGGGCGGAACGGAUUGCACAAGAAAUCAAUAGUAGCAACACAAGCAGAGCACGUGCACAGCUAGAAAAUGAUGAUGAAGAGCGUGAUUUGGAUAAGGAGACGUCAGAAUUUCAAAUACAGCACAGUGGUCGAAAAGCAUCCAGCACAGGGUUAUCCGCAUUGUGUCCUGUUAAAAGCUCUUCGGUAAAAAAUGGAUCUAAUAUCUCUAAUCCAUUCAGACGUGGCAGCUAUUCAGGGAAUAUUCGAGACAGAAACAUGAACGUGAACAGAGGGCCACCGAAUGGCAGACGGUCGGAAGGUAUGCCAACUACAGGAAGAGGACGCGGAUCAUAUGGAUCCGGUGGUGGUUCAUCACGUUUAUUUACAAAUUCAUCAAUGGGUCACGGAGUACGGCCUCAAAAUUCUGUUGGAUCAGGGCCUACUUCACGUUAUGCAUCUAGUGGUAUUUUAGAGAGACCGACUGCGCAGGAACUACACUUGCAGUUUGGCCAGUGGGUUCGACGUGGUGAAAGUUCCGGCUCCUCUCCAACUGCGGACGGUAUCAGAGGUGGACGACGGUCGGAGCAGAUGAUUGGAAACAAUGCAAAAACUUAUGACCAUCAUUUGAUGACCGGUCAACACGAAGGACAACCUACACGUGAAGAUAAUAAAAACUUGCAUUAUUCAAGUACAUCAAAUGGUAUGAGUGGCGCUUCGCGACAGCAAACAUCAAAACAAACAGAACGGGUCAGAAAUUUAAAAGAAUUUCAUCAGAAUUUCAACAGUACUUUCCAGCCAUCUAUUUCCAUGCACAGCAGUGCAGAUGAUGUUCAGCUAGACACGUUAUCACCAGAGGACACACGCUAUGCAGAAUGUUCAAAGAGACUGAGGGAUAUUGCACAAGUUUUGAAGCGUGCGAACAUUGUGCAAGGAACAACAACAUCUGGAGUGGCACCAAGGCCUAUUAAUAAUGCUUGGAAUAAAGGACCUCCUCCUGGUAUGCGGGCUCAAUCUUCGUCAAUGCAAAUAGUUUCAAAUCAUCGUCCAGAAAUUUCAACUGCUAAGGAUGUGGAAACAUCGGCAUCUGUGGCAGUAACAGCAGCAUCGUGUUCACCAUGUUCAGAUCAGCGAUCUCAGCAAGGGAUCGUCAAAACUCUAGGAUCUCUACAAACGACAGUGACUUCUGGUCGCUCAAUAACAACAGAUGUGACACCAACGGCAGUUCCCGAAUGUCGUUCAAACAAACCAACAUGUUCCACUGUUCUUGGAUCUGAUACGACAACACCUAAUACAGAAGCAACAGGAGGUGUAGUUUUAGAUACACAAACUAUGGCUACGUCUAUUACGGCGCGGGAAAUUCAGCAAACGAAUCAGUUGUCUGCUGCAGCAUCAUCGUCAUCUAUAGCACCUACCGAUCCGACACCAAGUGCUGCAGUUGCUGAUACUGCGAAAACGACUGCAGCAAAUUCUAUAACGACGACGUCAGAUGGAAAGCAUUUUGUUUGGAAUCCGGAUGCACCAUCAUUUGUCCCUCGCAGUUUAAUUAAUUACCGCAAUAAUGAAUCGCAAAACCAUCGUCCAACAUUGCACAGUAUUCGAACACCCCCUGCUGCACCAUUACCACUCAUGUCAACUCACAUCGCUGCACCAGGACAAAUUCAAGGUUUGGCUCUUGCCAAUCCACAAGCCUUAUCUGUUCAGAAUGUGCCGUCAAUUGCGCAUGCCGGACCACCACAAAUGUUCCCAUAUGCGCAUGCUAACGCGUACGGUGCUGCCAUGCCGGUUUAUUACAACCCACCAGUUGUGCAAAGUACGCCAGGUGCCGCUGCAGCAACAGCAACUGCAGCAGCGAGUGUUACGGGUGGUCCAAUUGUUGCGAGUACUGCCGGUUUGCCGCUUGGUCGUCAUGGACAAAUGGCUGGACAAACACCUUCAACUAAUCGGCGAAAUCAACAGCAACAAUUCAUGCAAGGUGUCGCUGGUAUGUAUGUUCCUGGAGCAAGUCAACCAUACACUCAACAACUGAUGUCACAGUAUCAGAUGCCGUAUUUUGCACCGUAUCCAUCACAGCUCUCAAUUGGAGCUUCAUCUAAUAUCCCGCCACCACCGAUUCCGCCUCCAUCCACAAACGCGAUACUCACGGCUCCUCCACCUUAUCAAAUUAUACAGGCUCAAACUCAACAGCAGACUAGUUUUCCACGACAACUUUAUCAAGGCGAUCAUUCCGUCAAUUACAUGAUAUCUCGUUUGCCGCAAUCUCAUCCGGCUAUAGAUUAUACUGUAGCAACAGCAUCAACACAGCAGCAACCGCAACAGGGAUCAAGUGCUGCUUCGAGCAAUGGAACAGGUUCAAAUGGACCUAAUAGUCAACCGGCUACACCCGGACCUGUGAUAUCACCUCCUCAGGUGAGAAAACAUCAUUAUAUUUUGACAGAGCAUGUCAUUUGA